UUCUCCUCAUCAUAGCCUUGUUUUUCAUGACCUUUCUAACGUCACAAUAUUUAUUACCGGGCACUUUUCGUCUGCUUCACUUGCUAUUUUUCUACACUCGUGCAAUUCCACACAAUUCUUCAGUAGACCGGUUCCAAAAGCGGCAGAUACAAGAAGGGGGACAUUAUACCGAUGGCUACACCAACCAUGUCAGAGACGCUGAGCAGCACCUUGCUGCCGGCACAGACACUGAGCAGCACCAUGUUGCCGACACAGACGCCAAGCACCAUGAUGCCCGUGAACGACGAGGUGUUCAGCUGCCAGCUAGUCGGCGGGUUCUCCAUCUUGGUGCAGGUGCUGGUCGGCACGCUCGGGUUCUCGACGCUCAUCAUCAAGCGGCAGUUUGAAAAGCCACGCCGGUCGUGGCUCGUAUGGAGCUUUGACGUUAGCAAACAGGUGAUUGGCGGGUCGCUGAUGCACAUGAGCAAUCUGCUCGUGUCCGCUCUCAGCGGUGGAACCAAGGGCGAGUCGCAGACCAACCCCUGCUCGUGGUACGUACUGAACCUGACGCUGGACUGCACGCUGGGCGUCCUGAUCCUGACCGGAUACCUGAAGCUAUUCAAACUGCUGGUGCGGCGGUACAAGAUCGAGGGCAUGGAGUCGGGCGACUACGGCGAGCCACCGCAGUGGAGGUGGUGGGUGAGGCAGCUGUCGAUGUUCUGCAUGGGCAUGGUGUUUAUGAAGCUGACGGUCGUGUUUCUAAUCGCGGUCCUGCCGUUCCUGGUCAGCAUUGGCGAUAUGAUUCUGAAACCCGUGCAGCUCACGCACAGCCCGCGGUUCGAGAUUGUGUUUGUCAUGGCAGUCUGGCCACUGUCGCUCAACAUAUUUGAGUCCUGGGUGAUCGACCAUUUCAUCAAGACCCAUCGGCCGCACGGGCACAUGCCGGUUGUUGGCUCGGAGUCAGCGACGUCGUUCGAAAUGGCCGGCACGGCUGUCUCCAGCGGGACUGUGGGCGAGCACAACCAGCAGUUUUCGAUCGAUAUGGAUGGCGAGUUUGACUUCUCCGACGACGACGAUGACGAGGAAAGGACGGCGGCAGCCGGUGGGUUUGCAGGACGCAAGGCGAACUACGCGGCUGUAAAGUCCGAGGACACGCUGACGAUGCGGGACAGCCUCGCGCUGGACGACGAGGAGCACGACAUAGGGCUCAGCAAGCAGCACCAGGACUGAUAUGCAUGCACGAAACGGCGCGUCUCUGCGAAUCGCCUCCAACAUAGCAUUUUGCGAACUAUUUUUCUUUCAGCCUGUAUAGUAUACACACGUAUGUCACGAACAUUGUGUUAUAAGCACCAG